UAGGUGGAAGUAACACACAAAUACAUGAAAUCCAUGAUGCCAUUCAUAUCGAUUCUCCAAGCCCUAGCAGAAGAGUUUUGGGUAUUUUCGGUGGAAUGUGGUUGAACGUAAAUCUAAUGAUCGGCAGUGGCAUUUAUGCAACUCCCGGUAAAAUUAUGAAUUUGACGGGGAGCGGAGGAAUGACUCUAGUCCUCUAUAUCUUGGGUUUUUUUUACGUUAUGCUUGGAAGUCUUAUUUAUGUAGAACUUGGAAGUACUAUUUCGGAAUCGGGUGGGGAGCAGAUAUAUUUUGAAAAGGCGUUUCCUAAGCCCAAAAAAAUGGUGGCGUAUAUUUUCAGUUUUAUCUCAAUUGUUCUCGCCAAACCACUCGGAAUUAUUUCUAUCAGUAUAGCAGCUUCUCAAUAUAUUUAUUAUGCAAUUAAUAAAAAUGACGAUGAAUCUCCUUUAGAAGACAUACAUAAUAUUGAAUUUUGGAAAUACCGUUUAAUAGCAUUUGGCAUUAUAUCAAUUGUUACUGUUUAUCAUCUAUUCAGUAACAGAGUUGCUGUAUGGAUAAAUCAGAUAUUAGCUGUCAUCAAAGUAUCAACGUUGUUGAUCGUGGUGAUUAUUGGAUUUACCAGAAUAAAAAACCACCCAGAAAGAUUAUCGUCUAACUAUCUUUUUGGUAACGCGCGUGGAAUAGAAUAUUAUAAUCAUUAUGCUAGUUCAAUGUUAAAGGAAAGAUUAAGGAUUUCCAAUCCUGCUAGUGUCCUCAUCGUUGGCAUCCUUUCAACGGUGCCUGAGGAUUAUAUUAAAGAUCCAUCAAAUUCUCCUGAAGUUAUUAGUGUAAAAUUAGGAGAUGAAAUUGGUUCAGCAGUUGCAAUGUCAAUCCUAAUUGCAAUUUCUUGUUUUGGUGCAGUAGGUUCUGGUAUAUGGGGUAAUUCAAGGCUCAUAGCUUCCGUGUCUAAAGCCGGAUUUAUCCCAGUAUUCUCUCCAGUUUUAAAAGGAUUUGAUGAAAGAUGGUUUACUCCAUUCAAUGCUUUAAUUUUUCAAUGGUGUUAUUUAACCAUUAUAAUUUUCCUUCCACUGAACAAGCCCUACGAUGUGCUUGUAAACACAGCACAAAAUACUAACAUUAUUGUUUAUUUUAUGUGUGCAAUAGGACUAUUAGUUUUACGUAAAACUGAACCAGAACUACAUCGUCCAUUCAGAAUCGAUAAAACAUGGAAAAAUUCAACCCGUCUAGAAAUGGCAAAUGUUGUAAUGGGAAUGUAA